AUGAUUUGUGUAGAUUAUUUGUCCCUUCCAGAUACAGUUGGUAAUUCAACAGAAAGUACAACAGUGGAUGGUAUUAACCUUGAUGAAAUUAAAGAGUUUGCUCGUCAGUUUAAAAUAAGACGACUGUCUCUUGGCUUAACUCAGACACAAGUUGGUCAGGCAUUAAGUGCUACAGAAGGUCCUGCUUAUAGUCAGUCGGCCAUUUGUAGAUUUGAAAAAUUAGACAUUACUCCUAAAAGUGCACAAAAAAUUAAACCGGUAUUAGAGAGAUGGAUGAUGGAAGCUGAAGAACGGUAUAAAAAUGGUGUUGACAAUCUUACAGAUUUUAUCGGUAGUGAACCUAGUAAAAAACGCAAAAGACGCACAUCUUUUACCCCACAGGCACUUGAUGUACUUAAUCAAUAUUUUGAAAGAAAUACUCAUCCCUCAGGUGCUGAAAUGACAGAUUUAUCAGAGAAGUUAAAUUAUGAUCGCGAGGUGAUUCGAGUUUGGUUCUGUAAUAAAAGACAAGCAUUAAAAAACACAAUAAAAAAAUUAAAACAUGACACUCCCUGA